UGGGCGUGUCCUAAACUGUCAACUAACCGAAGAACAACAAAAACAAAGCAGCACCGAGUGGGGUUCCGCGCGAGGACGGGCUGGGACCAUGGAGUCGUCCUCUGAUGAGGAGGAGGUGCGCACCUUCGUCCAAGUCCUCAGCGAGAAAUACAGCCCGGAGAACUUCCCCUACGGCCAAGGAGUCGUGGUCAUGCUCAGCCCACCGGGAUCCCCCGUGAAAGAUCGCCUGUUCGUGCCGAGCAUCCUGGUUCUGAGUGAUUAUGGGAUCCGAAAAGCUGGAGACAGGUCCGACAUUGCAGCUUUCUGUGCCCAUGUGGUCGAGCUGGACCUGUCCCACAAUCAACUUAACGACUGGACCGAGAUCUGCGACAUUGUUUCCAACAUCCCCCGCCUGGACUUCCUCAAUCUGAGCAUGAACCCUCUGAGCGGCAUAGAGCUGGAGCCCAGCAUGGCGGAGGUGUUCCCCAGGGUCCGACAACUUGUCCUCAUCAACACACACAUCAGCUGGGACACCGUGCACACGCUCACAAAACACACACCCGAGCUGGAGGAGCUUUUCCUGUGCCUGAAUGGCUACAACACUGUGUCCGAGUCCCAGACCUCCUGUCCGUCUCUACGCCUGCUGCAGAUCGCAGACAACCAGCUGCAGGAAUGGGCAGAAGUGCGGAAGUUUGGGCAGAUGUACCCGAGUCUGAGAACACUGGUUCUGGCCAAUAACAGUGUGGGCUCUGUGGGUGACACCCAUGAUGCACUGCAGCGGCUCUUUCCCAACCUGCGCAGCAUCAACCUCAACAACUCAGGGCUUAGUACAUGGGAGGACAUUGAGAGGCUGAAUUUCUUCCCUAAACUGGAAGAGGUCAAAGCGAAGGGGAUUCCUUUAUUGCAGCCUUACACCACCCACGAAAGACGUAGCUUCCUUUUAGCACAGCUGCCAUCUGUCGUGCUGCUGAAUGGGAGUUCAGUGUCAAAUGGAGAGAGAGAGGAUGCCGAGAGGCUUUUCAUCCGUUACUACCAGGACUCCCCACAACAGGAACGCCCUGAGAGGUACCACACCCUUGUGUCCAAGUAUGGUCAGUUGGCCCCGCUGGCGGAGGUGGACCUGAGCCCCCGCAGCACCACGGUGGACGUUCGCUGGGGUGAGCGGGUGGAGGCCGUCAGCCUCCACCUGGAGCAGACGGUGGGCGACCUAAAGAAACACCUCCGAGCUCUGCUGCAGCUGCCCACCAAUAGGAUCAGGCUCUUCUACAUCAACCGGGAGAUGUCUUCGGUCGUGGGACCCGAGGAGUUGAAGUGCGGCAGCCGGGCCCUCCAUUCCUACAGCAUCCGAGAUGGGGAUGAGAUUCUUGUUGUGCCCAAAGUCGAAGGUUGCUGCAGCUCCUCAGAUCUUUGAGUCCGGAGGCUCUCUGGUCUUCAGGACUUACUUUGACUUGAGCCGUUUUUAGAUUAAAAAAGAAAAGGUGAAUUUUUUCAGCCUUGAAUGUAGAGACGAUCGCUGUCCACCACACUGAACAAAUCUAUACAUAAUAAUAAUAUAUAGUAAUAGUAACAGUAAUAAUAGUCUAUUUGUACAUAGGAGUGCCACAUUCACAAAGCUUGUAUCUAUUUGAGUGGCACAUUUCUGUGGUGCUUGACUGCAGUUUACAGCUCAAUUAUGAACAUUGUUAUGCAAAUCUAGACAUAAUGCAAACAGUCCUGGAAGAAAAACAAACAACUGCCAUAAUUGCCAACUCACUGCACAAUUUGCACAUUGAUUUAAAGAAAUUCUAUUUUAUAAUGAAGGCGUUUUUCUGAUGAGAUUUGAGAUUUUAGGAGGAACAAACUUCCCCUUGCUUGUGCCAAUUAUUUGAGGAGUAACACACGUUGAUUGAGUGACAAAACAAAUAGAUGACACACAAGUUCUGAUGAAAAUAAGGUUUUCAAACAAUCCCAGCUGCUGUGUGCAUACGUUCUGUGGUUUCACUGCUCGUUGGGUUUCCAAAAAAUGCUUUUCUGCCUCAUAAUCAGCAGCUCUAAGAUGCUUUCGCUCCAUUUUCCCAUUAAUUUUGUGUCAAUACAAGAUUCGUCUGAGGCUUGUUAACAGUGAACUAUGAACAGUGCAAGUUUUUGUGCUCGGCGAGAAUUUAGUUGCAGUGAAAAUCAUUCAACCUACUCCUGUAAAGCCAGAACAAUGGCAAACAAUGAAUCCUAAUCAUGCAGCAGCCAAGCUGACUUGACGUGCAUGCGCGUCUAUGUCCGUUUUUUAAAAAGACUCUUUCCCAUCACUCAGAUCCCUCUCUUUCCAACAUGACUCUUGAUAGCAGGGAAAUAGCCGGGGAUGAACCCGAGCUGGAAGCGCAGCUGCUGCUCGGUUCCAGACGAGUGGAGCUCGGGGGUCUGGGACGGAGGAGAGAAGGAGCGUCGAUGCUCAAGUUACCGCAGGUCUUCUGGCCGUCCGGCCCCAUGAAUGGAGCAGCUCUCUCAGCUGGGAAAACGUUGAGGCCCAGUCGGUAUGGUAACCACACACGGGUUCUCGUCCCUCACCCGUUCACCUCAGUCUCUCCUCCACAUCCGUCUAACACACCUGACACUGCCAGUGUCCGUUGUUUCCCAGGACGUGGGGUCGUGAACCUUUCUCCGUUGGCUCACAUUGGCAUCGGUUGUUUUCAAAACUUAGAGAAAUACGCGUGACCACUUUCUGACGGCCUCUUUCACUGCGGAAAUUUAGCAGCCUGGGGUUUCUCAGAACCUGAAACUUCUCAGAACCUUGUCAGGCCUCACUAAAUUGGCCCAUGGGAAUAGUGAGUAAAAAUACACUAUCAAGGCUAGCACAGUUGUCCACAUGCUGGCCGGAGACUUCCACAGACUUGAAGCCAAAACAUCUUGGCGGUGAGCAAAGGAAGCACUUAAUUUUUUUGUGAGCGGAGCUCGCGUUUUAAAACGUCAUUUAAAACGUUAAUUUAAGUCAUUUCCGGAAGCCCAAAUUGUGAUCAUGCAUUAAUAUUGGGAUUAAUUGUGUAGCCCUUCUGCGUGCAGAUUGUCGUGAUCCCCCAAAUCCUGACAGAAGUUAGGUUGAGAGCACGAGUACAGAUGUUGCUCGCGGCGUAUAUUUAUGAACAUAAACGGUGCAUGUACGACGUCGUACAAAUAAUCACUCGGGUUUAUUCUCAUAGUCCAAAGACAGACAUGGACAUGUCCGGGCUGAUUUUAAACAUUGCCGUGUUGUGAAAUCCCGCUGCUUGAUGUGAGUUGAGGAAUAAAAAUGUUUUUUUUUUCUUCUCGAACACACUUAAUAAGUGAAGGUCAGCUUUCUGUUACCAAAAGUGUGUGAAAAUGGCCGCCGUCGACCUGUGGCAGCCUUGCAGUGCCGUCUGGAGAGCAACAGAGAGAACAACUCACGUUGAUGGAGGUCGCAUUGAGUUCCACUAUAAUUCGUUCAAACUCUAUUCAGUAACAAUGUAGUCUUGGGCAAAAGUAAAUAAUAUCCUGAUGUGUUUAAAUGUAAUCUUGCAAACAAGACACUUGUAUAUUACAGUUGUUUGAAAGAUAUGUUUUGAUAGGAAUAUGUAAUGGAUAUAUGAGUGGGAAUUACUUGACAGGGGGGGAUGGGGGGGGGGGGGGUGUAAAGAUGGUGUCAGAACAUCUCUAGUGCGUACACAGGAAGUAAUGGGAUAAGCGUAAAGCAUUUUUCUUUUCUAAAGUAAUAUUGGAUGUAUUGGUGGUUUGCAUGUUCUGAUAUUUCUUUUAUGUUUGAUUUAAAAAUGUGUACGAGAUGCUUCGUUCCAGGGAAAACAGUGUUGUUUGUGGGCAUUUGUAAUUCUGAAUUAUUGUUUUAUUUGUGCACCUGUCACCCUCACGUUUAUCCUUCAGUAAUACCAAAUACAAAUAUUAUUUAACGAUUUUAAAAUACAAAAGAUAGUUGAUAAUCUAUAAAUCAGUUGACUCUUUGUUGUUGUUGUGUUACUUUAUCAUGUUUUGUUUUUUCUGUCCCUUCUCAAAUGUUUAUCUAAAUAUUUAUAAUGGUGCUUCUUUUUUCUUCCAUUCUCGAGCUCAUCGUGCCAUAUCUACUACACCUCGCUUUCACUUCUCUUUAAGGAAUAAAUUAUAAUUAUUUCAGCUUA